AUGGCAGCUCCUGAGAAACCCAUCACUUUCACAGAGCACCUUCAGCUCACUGCUCUGGGUAUACAACCUGCAUCUAUAUCGUUUCAAUCCCUCACUUUAGAAUCAGACGCAUGGAUAUGUGUAAGAGAACAGCUAGAUACCCCUCAAGUUGUGAUUGUCAAUUUGAACGACUCGAAUGAUAUUGUCAGACGGCCAAUCACCGCCGAUUCGGCAAUUAUGAACCCUCGUGCUGGAGAAAAGAUCCUCGCAUUGAAAGCUGGACGACAGUUACAAGUGUUCAACCUCGGUAAUAAGUCUAAAAUCGGCGCUCAUCUCAUGAAUGAGGACGUGACUUUCUGGACAUGGAUCAACGAUACCACGAUAGGUAUCGUAACCGAAAGAGAAGUACUUCAUUGGAAAGUAAUGGAUGGUCAAGCUGCUCCCUCAAAGGUCUUUGAUAGACACGCUACCCUUGCCGGCAACCAAAUCAUCAACUAUCGGAUGUCGCAAGAUGAGAAAUGGUUGGUAGUAGUAGGCAUCUCAUCAAACCCCAAUGCUGGUCAACCCGGUCAAAACGGGUUCAAGAUUAAGGGAGCUAUGCAGCUCUACUCUGUAGAAAGGGGAGUUUCACAACCUAUCGAAGGUCAUGCAGCAGCAUUUGCAACUGUCAAGAUGGAUGGUGCACCUCAGGAAUCAAAACUGUUCUGCUUCGCUGUGAGAACCGCCAAUGGUGCAAAGCUGCACAUAGUAGAGAUCGGUCAUCAGGCUCCUAACCCACCAUUCCAAAAGAAAGCAGUCGAUGUUUUCUUCCCCACUGAGGCUACAAACGAUUUCCCCGUUGCGCUUCAAGUAUCGCCUAAACACGGUAUCCUUUAUCUCGUUACCAAGUUCGGUUUUAUUCACUUAUACGAAAUUGAAACCGGUCAAUGUAUCUAUAUGAAUAGGAUCUCAGGUGAAACCAUCUUCACCACUGCUCAACAUGAGAGCACUUCCGGUAUCAUAGGUGUAAACAGAAAAGGUCAAGUGUUGAGUGUUAGCGUAGAUGAAGAUACCAUUGUCCCAUAUGUCCAACAGGUGAUCAACUCCCCUGAACUCGCCAUCAAACUCGCAACUCGAGGUGGUCUCCCGGGUGCUGACCAUAUAAUUCAACAACAAUAUCAAGUAUACAUACAAAAUGGUCAAUAUAGUGAAGCUGCUAAGAUUGCCGCCAAUUCUCCUCGUGGUCUGCUUCGAACUCCUCAGACCAUUGAGACAUUCAAAAAGCUUCCCGCAGUUCCUGGUACCCUUUCACCCAUUUUACAAUACUUCGGUAUCUUGCUUGAGAAAGGAGAGUUGAACAAGUAUGAAUCGCUUGAACUAGCUAGACCCGUUAUUCAACAAGGAAAGAAGCAGUUGUUAGAGAAAUGGUUGAAGGAGAACAAGCUCGAAUGCAGUGAAGAAUUAGGUGAUCUCUGUCGAUUAACCGAUAUGAAUCUCGCUCUUUCGGUCUAUUUACGUGCCAACGUCCCCAACAAAGUAGUCGCAGCCUUCGCCGAACUCGGUCAAUUCGAUAAGAUCGUCCUCUACUCCAAGAAAGUCAACUACACCCCUGACUACGCUCAGCUGCUUCAGCAUCUUGUACGAAUCAACCCCGAUAAAGGAGCAGAAUUUGCCACUCAGAUCGUCAACGAUGAAAGUGGAUCUUUGGUUGAUCUCGAUAGAAUCGUUGACAUUUUCAUGUCUCAGAACAUGCUGCAACAAGCUACAUCUAUUCUUCUUGAUGCUCUCAAAGACAACAAGCCCGAGCAAGGACCUCUUCAAACCAGAUUACUGGAGAUGAAUUUGGUUAGCGCCCCCCAAGUCGCUGAUGCUAUCCUUGGUAACGAGAUGUUCACUCAUUAUGACCGACCAAGAAUCGCCAAUUUGGCUGAGAAAGCGGGUUUGAUGCAAAGAUGGCUUGUCAAUUUUUUUGGUCAACUCACUGUCGAGCAAUCUUUCGCUUGUUUGCAUGAGAUGCUCAAGACCAACAUUCGACAAAACCUUCAACUUGUCGUCCAGAUCGCUUCCAAGUACUCUGAUUUGCUCGGUCCCGUCAAAUUGAUUGAAUUAUUCGAGCAAUAUAAAUCUUCUGAAGCUGCAACCAGAACUGGACAAAUCAGGGAAGUCGAGCGAAUGUGCAGAGAAAGUAACUUUUACAACCCUGAAAAGGUCAAGAACUUCCUCAAGGAAGCUCGGUUGUCCGAUCAACUCCCUCUCAUCAUUGUCUGUGACCGAUUUGACUUUGUCCACGAUCUCGUUCUUUACCUAUACCAAAACGGUCUUACAAACUUCAUCGAAAUUUACGUCACUCGAGUCAAUUCUGCUCGAACCCCUCAAGUCAUCGGUGGUCUUCUUGACGUUGACUGUGACGAGCAGACCAUUAAGAGCCUUCUUGCAUCUGUCACCGGCACCUUCCCAAUUGAUGAAUUAGUAGAUGAGGUUGAAAAGAGGAAUCGACUCAAACUCAUUCUUCCUUGGCUCAACACCAAAGUUGAACAAGGAUCAACGGAUCACUCAGUGUACAAUGCCAUCGCCAAGAUCUCUAUCGACUCCAAUAACAAUCCCGAAGCGUUCCUCAAAGAGAACAACCUUUACGACCCAGCCAUUGUCGGAAAAUACUGCGAGAAGCGAGAUCCGUACUUGGCCUACAUCGCUUACGCCAAGGGCUUAUGCGAUGAUGAGUUGAUCAAUAUCACCAACGAGAACCAAAUGUACAAACAUCAAGCACGAUACCUUGUCAAGAGGAAGGAGAUUGACCUCUGGACACAAGUUCUUGAUCCCGAAAGUAUCCACAGACGAGCCCUUAUCGAUCAAGUCAUCGCUACUGCUAUCCCAGAGUGCACCGAUCCCGAUGACGUUUCCGUCACAGUCAAAGCAUUCAUGCACAUGGAACUUCACGGUCCUUUACUUGAAUUGCUUGAGAAGAUCAUCAUCGAACAAUCACCAUUCAGCGACAAUAGAUCCCUUCAAUCACUCAUGUUCCUUACCGCUAUCAAGAACGAUAAGGGUAAAGUUAUGGGAUACAUCAACAAGCUUUCAGGAUACGAUGUUGAUGCUAUUGCCAAGGUGGCUACUGAAGCCGGUCUUUACGAGGAAGCUUUCACCAUCUACCAAAAACAUGACAUGCACGCUGAGGCUAUGAGUGUCUUGGUUGAGCAUAUGGUCUCCAUCGAUAGAGGAUUCGCCUACGCCAACAAGAUCAACCAACCUGCUGUCUGGAGUAGAUUGGGUAAAGCUCAAUUGGAUGGUCUCAGAGUCAAAGAUGCUAUUGAUUCAUACAUCAAAGCUGAAGAUCCAUCAAACUUUGCUGAGGUUAUCGAAAUUGCCAACAGAGCAGGUAAACACGAAGAUCUUGUCCGAUUCUUACAAAUGGCAAGAAAAACAGCUAGAGAACCUAAGAUCGACACUGAACUUGCAUACGCAUACGCCAAGACAGAUAGACUACACGAUAUGGAAGAGUUCUUGGGUAUGACAAAUGUCGCUGAUAUCUUACAAGUCGGAGAGAAAUGUUUCGAAGAUGAACUUUACCAAGCUUCCAAAUUGUUGUUCUCCUCAAUCUCAAACUGGGCAAGAUUGGCUACUACUCUGAUCUAUCUUGGUGAAAACCAAGCUGCAGUCGACGCUGCCAGGAAAGCUGGUAAUACACAGGUAUGGAAACAAGUCAACGCAGCUUGUGUGGAUAAGAAGGAGUUCCGUUUAGCUCAAAUCUGUGGUCUCAAUCUCAUCGUACACGCUGAAGAAUUGCCUGCUCUCUUAUCGUUGUAUGAACGAAAUGGCUACUUCGAUGAAAUCAUUUCCUUGAUGGAAGGUGGAUUAGGACUUGAGCGAGCUCACAUGGGAAUGUUCACCGAACUCAGUGUUCUUUACGCUAAAUACAGACCUGAAAAACUUAUGGAACACCUCAAAUUGUUCUGGCAACGAGUCAACAUUCCAAAAGUCAUCAAAUCCGCCGAACAAGCUCAUCUUUGGCCAGAACUCGUCUUCCUGUAUAUUGUAUACGAUGAACCUGACAAUGCCGCUUUGGCAAUGAUGGAACGUCUUGGUGAAUGGGAUCAUGAUCAGUUCAAGAAAGUCAUUGUAAAAGUUGCAAACAUGGAGAUCGCCUAUAAAGCUGUUGCUUUCUAUCUCGCUCGACAGCCAACACUCUUACCUGAUCUUCUCGCUGCUCUUACACCCCGAUUGGAUCACGGACGAGUCGUCAAGAUUCUUCAAACCGAAGAUCACUUACCUCUGGCUAAACAAUACCUCGUUGCGACCCAAAAACUCAACUUAUCUGUUGUUAAUGAAGCGUACAACGAUCUUCUCAUUGAAGAAGAGGACCACGUCACUCUCCGAAGCAGCUUGGAGACUCACGAUCAAUACGAUGCCAUCAAAUUAGCUAAGAGGUUAGAAAGCCAUGAGUUGCUAGAAUUUAGAAGAAUUGCUGCAUUACUUUAUAGACUCAAUGGAAUGUGGGAAGAGUCACUUGGUCUUGCGAAAGCUGACCGAUUAUGGCGCGAUGCUCUUGAAACCGCGGCAGCAAGCAAGGAUAUCUCCGUCGCUGAGGAGUUGGCUGGCUACUUCGUUUCCAUAGGAAACAAGGAUGCUUUCGCAGCUAUCCUUUAUGUCUGUUUCGAGCUAGUAAGACCAGACUUCGUGGAAGAGAUGUCAUGGCGAUUCGGUUUAGGUGAUUACUCAAUGCCGUAUAAACUUCAACAACAGAGAGACCAAUCUACAAAAGUUCUCGCAUUGGAGAAAGAAGUUAAGGAAUUGAGAGAGAAGACAACGUCCAAAGAACCUGAUAGUGAACCUAGUUUGAUGGGAACUGGUUUAGGGGGAAGGUUGAUGAUAGGUGGACCUACCGGAGGACCACAAUUCGGUGGAAUGCCUAACGGUGGUGGAUUGAUGUCACAGCCAACGGGAUUUUAUUGA